CUUCGCUGUUCAACCAAAAGGGAAAGUGUUGUGGCAAAUUGAACACUUAUAAUUUUGUUUUUCUUUCAUUCGUGGCCGGGGUUGGCUAAAAGACGGCCAUUCUAUAAGGAUAUAAAGUUUUCCAUGCACAUACAAGCUAUGAGAUAAAUAGGUUUAACACAGCAGGUGAUCAUCGUAGGAUAUCGUUACGCUAGUUGAUACCAGGCGCAUAAGUGCCUUCUUCACCUUCCUCCAUAUCCCCUCAACUGUCAGUCACAUGGGCGUACCAGCCAAAUGCAGAGAAAAAACUUGGUAAAGAUGCUGAUAGUGUUGAACUUGAUGAGAAUCGAUUGAACAUGCACCAGACAGGUUUGAGAAGAAACAGCGAAGUGUUGGAAGACGAGGAUUACUCUUCAAGCCUCAAUGCUAUCAUCAAGAGAAAAGCUAGUAUCCGCAGCAAACGUUCAACCAAGAGCUUCCGCAGAGGCUCGAGUCCGAUAAGCCAAACCAUGGGCACUUCUGCUGGGGAUCGACGAAGAUCAAGUGUAUACACCACCAGUUCUGGAGAAACUGCUAUAACAUUGGAGGACAUGAAGGAUGAAUCAAAUCAAGAUAAAAUUUUUGAAAAUAUUCGUCUUCAUAAAGAAGUUCUGCAGUCAGUCAAACUUGAGCCAUGGAGUAUGAGAAGGAAAUUAAAACUUAUCAAACAAGCAAAAAGUUAUAUAACAAGACAUGAAGGUGUUCUGCAAGAGCAUUUUACUUCACGCACUGCCAAAAGUUUACUAACUCAAUUUAACAUAUUUCUGGCAACGAAAUGGCAUCAAUUGUUGCGAGAGCUGGCCAAUCUUUCCACCUACCUUAUCCCCUGGGAAUCGAGGAUAAAAGAAAUCGAAUCACAUUUCGGAUCUGUCGUAGCGUCAUACUUUACAUUUCUCCGAUGGUUAUUCUGGGUUAACGUUGUAAUUUCCUGUUUACUUGUGAUUUUUGUUAUGAUGCCGGAAGAAAUUUACAGCGAAACUGAAAAGGUGAAAUGUGACAUGCGGAAAACGAUGUCAUACAACGAAUGCAAAUCAGCAGCCAACUUUACAACUCUUUGGGAAUUCGAAGGCCGCUUGAAAUAUUCAUCCCUUUUCUAUGGUUAUUAUUCUACAUUCUCUGGAGCCACAGCGAGGGGAUACAAUUUACCAAUGGCCUAUUUUUUGACUGGACUGGUAGUUUAUAUUUACAGCUUCGUUGCAACGUUGAAAAAAAUGGCGAGAAAUUCACGGAUGUCAAAAUUAUCUUCGAAAGAUGAUGAAUAUAUUUUUUCUUGGAAACUAUUUACUGGUUGGGAUUACAUGAUCGGACAUACUGAAACCGCACAAAACAGAACAGCAUCAAUAAUACUCGGCUUUAAGGAAGCACUUUUGGAAGAAGCAGAGAAAAAGAAAGACACCAGAAACUGGAAAAUUAUUAUGCUACGAGUUCUAGUAAAUUUUAUCAUACUCGGCAUGUUGGCCAUUUCAGCAUUUGCAGUAAUUAACGUAGUAAAGCGAUCUAUGGUUAUUAAUGAGAAAGAUUCGUGGUGGACUCGUAAUGAAAUAACAGUAGUAAUGUCAUUGAUUACGUUUUUCUUUCCCAUGAUAUUCGAAGCACUUGGUUUACUGGAAUAUUAUCAUCCCCGCAGGCAGCUUAGGAUACAACUUGCUCGCAUAAUGCUUUUAAAUCUUUUGAAUCUGUAUUCCCUAAUAUUUGCGCUCUUUGAUAAAAUUAACCACAUGACCGAAGAACUUCGAAAUAUGAAACCAACAAAUCAAACAAUAGAUGAUCAAUGUUACUCAUCCUGUGGAAAUAUGUCAAGCAUUGAAAGAAAAGCUUAUGGUGACCUUGAUAUCCCAUCAGCAUUAUACUUGUUUCAAAAUAGUUUCAGUGGCAAAAACAACUGUUACGAAGUACCCGUAGAUUGUUCUACUAGGCAAAAUAUCAACACCACAUUACUAACAACCAUGAUAAUAUUGAACAUCUCUACAACAUUUCUACCGGAAACAGAACUAAACAAUUUCCGAAGUUCUUAUUUUGAUAGUUCUACAACAGAACAAGCCAUACACUUUAUGAACUCCAACAGAUCAUUGAGUACGAACUUUGAUAACAGUUUAGAUAGCUCGACACAGGACUACGACUUCAAUUACGGUGAAGAAGACGCACAUUAUUAUCUGGAACAGCGAAUGCGGAACUUGCCAAACGAUAUUUUUGACGAUGUCCCUAUCAAUAAACGUGAUGUUAUUGGUUUGUCUUUAGAGCAAUUCAACUGGACAAAUUUCAGCACCCCAAACUAUAACGAAAACUCCACAAGUUCCGUUGAGACGAGUUCCUACAAAAUAGAUGAAACCGUCUAUUCAACUAGCUCAAACCAACAUACAACUCCUUUUAAAAGUUACGAAAACUAUUCAGAAUCUUACUACGAUGAAGACCCAGAUCACGAGGAACCGACGAAUAAUGAAACCGAACAAAGCACAAAUAUCGAAAAUGACAUUACAUCAGAGAGGUGUUUCGAGAUCAUUUGUGAAGAAACCACACCGAUUUCACGUCCAACGCAACCUUCAUACACAGAGGGCUUCACCAUCGCUGGUUCCGGAGAAUAUCAAACAGCCGAACAAGAAGUGACAACAAUCAACAGCGCCACUUUUACCACGGAUAAAUAUGCAAAACGUUCGAAAAAUAAUAAAUUUAAAAAUGCCGAUCUUCGCACGCUCUGUUGGGAAACCAUGUUCGGACAGGAGCUUGUGAAACUUACAGUUAUGGAUUUGCUUGUGACAGUAAUAUCAACAUUGGUGUUGGAUUUUUUGAGAGCCAUUUUCGUACGCUAUAUGAACAGCUGCUGGUGUUGGGACCUCGAAAAGAUUUAUCCUAAAUACGGAGAUUUUAAAAUUGCUGAAAAUAUUUUACACUUGGUCAACAAUCAAGGGAUGGUCUGGAUGGGUAUGUUUUUCUCGCCAGGACUUGCAGUGUUGAAUAUUAUUAAACUUAUCAUCAUCAUGUAUCUGCGAUCGUGGACAGUCCUCACAUGCAACGUCCCUCAUGAAGUUGUCUUUAGAGCUUCUCGAUCGAACAAUUUUUACUUCGCACUUCUGCUGACGAUGCUAUUCUUGUGCGUUCUACCCGUGAGCUAUGCGAUCGUCUUCCUGGAACCGUCUUGGCAUUGUGGACCCUUCUCGAACUCUAACCGAAUCUAUCAUCUACUUACAAAUGCUACUGACAAAAUUGUACCUGCAGCAGUUACCAAAUAUAUUGUUUCUCCAGCCGCAAUCAUUCCUUUGCUUGUGCUUCUCAUACUGAUUAUUUACUAUCUGAUUUCAUUGACAGGAUCUUUAAGAGAAGCUAAUCAGGACCUUAAAACACAACUACGCAAAGAAAGAACAGAAGAAAGAAGAAAAAUGUUCAAAAUGGCAAAAACUCAAAAUUGCAACCAAUCAGAGAACGCUAACGGUUUAUCGAAUUCGUGGCACAAGGUUCUCGACUCUACUAAAUUGAGAAUUCAUUCCACAACAAGCGAAAAUAGUGAAAAUGAAAAUACUGGAUACAAACACCGUGAAUUUUUGCAAAGAAUGAUGAAGAAAGCUUUGCUUAAAGAACAAUACAACACAAACGAAACACAACCAAGUCAAAUAUUGGCAGAAAACAUCAACGAGUCAACCAAAAAUGAUCAACCCGAUUUGUCAAACGAAAGACCAAUGGACAAAGUUGAGAGUAAGAAAUCUCGCCACAAAAAAUCCUCGGCUAUUCUGUGCAACGAAAACGAUCUUGCAAAGAAGACAACGAAAUUCUCAGUUUUAAGGAGUAAAACUGAAACCUCAGAAUGGGUUGAAAAAAUACCAGUCAUAACAAUAAGUAAAACAUCAAGUGAAGAAUGUGUUAUUGAUUCAGACGUUGAUGAUCCUGGUGAAAAUAUGUAAGAAAGUGUAUUGCUUCAUAAUACUCAUUUCACCAAUCGAAUUCAGUUGAAGUGUAGGAGGAUAGUAUUGAUUGGAAUUUGCAUUGGAAAAAUAUAACUCUAUAAAUCAUAGGUCAACCGCGAAAUUUGAGCCCAAUCGGACAACGUUAAGGGUUUGAGCAACGAGCCUGAAUUCUGUAUGAAAUUUAAGAAAAAUUUAAGUUCGGGAGAAGCAACUAAAACUAGAUUCCAUUAAUCAUUUUGUUCUUUACAUAACACAACAAAGGAGGAUAAAAUCGUCUUUUUUUAUGACGAAUUAUCAAUCAUUUUAUGUUCAGUAUGUACAUAUCAUCCAGCUUUUUGUAAUCAUAGCUUUUUGCAUAAUUUGGCUCUUAAGAAUUUCAGGCUAUCUUCGAACCGACAUCACCUUAAUUGAAAACCCGUUUAGGGUGAAAUGUUUAUCAUAAUUUAAGUUUGAAGGAAAAAUCAUUUUCAAAAGAAAUUGGCUGGUAAUGAAAAAUGCUUUUGGUGAAAAACCAUUUUUUAAUGCUUCUCCCAAAAAAAAGUCUCAAGCUUGUAGAGCAACCCCUUCUUGUUGUCCUAUCGGGCACAAAUUUAAGUUUGAAGGAAAAAUCAUUUUCAAAAGAAAUUGGCUGGUAAUGAAAAAUGCUUUUGGUGAAAAACCAUUUUUUAAUGCUUCUCCCAAAAAAAAGUCUCAAAAAUUCAAGCUUGUAGAGCAACCCCUUCUUGUUGUCCUAUCGGACACAAAUUUAAGGGCACGCCAAUGAUCAAUUUCCUCCCUAAUGGAGCUUUUACGAUAACCUGACGUGGUCGAGAAGCAACGUUGCCAUUCUAAUUGCUAGCACAAUUGUGAAUAUUAAUCAAAAUAAUAUUGAUCUACUUCGAAGGGAAGUUUUUGCUUGACUGGAAUAAAAUGUACUAACUUAAAACACGUUUUGUCAUAUACGGAAGAAAUUCAAAGGAGAUCAUGUAACUAUGACUAUGAAUACCUUGAUUAUUUAUGUUAAAAUAUUUUAAAGGGAUUUCUACUCUAUAUUGAUCUACUUUGAAGGGAAGUUUUUGCU